CAGCGCCUGAAGAGUUCUAGUCCGCCUCGGCCUGGCCGGGCCGUACCGCCAGCCGGCUCCAGCAGGAUCCCGAGGACUCGCCUGCCCGGCCUCCGUCGCGCGGCCCGGGAUGGGGCCCCGCUCCGGGCUGCGCCGCCGCCUGGUCCCGGGGAUCAUCUCCGCUGCGAGGGUCUGAAGUGCUGCCGCCCUGGAGGGUGGACGGCCAGGCGCGGGGGCUGAACCACUGGGUGACCUUGGCAGGGCCGAUCUGGCUUGGUCGCCGCGACGCGCAGAUGUUUUCAAGUCAGCAAGCAUUUACUGAGCAUCUACUAUGUACAAGGCUAAUGCUCUCUCUGCUUUUUCUUCCUCUGGAGAUGAACAUCUGCAACAAGCCCUCCAACAAGACAGCCCCUGAGAAGAGUGUGUGGACAGCGCCUGCACAGGCCCGCAGACCGUCCCCCGAGCUGCAGGGCCAGCGGUCGCGCCGGAACGGGUGGAGCUGGCCCCCUCACCCUCUCCAGAUUGUGGCUUGGCUGCUGUACCUCUUCUUUGCUGUCAUCGGCUUUGGGGUCCUUGUUCCCCUCCUGCCUCACCACUGGGGUGAGGUUGAAUUGACAAGAGGAGGGAUAAAGAUGCCCUGGAGACUCCUGGGAACAGUGACAAACACAAACUUGCAUGAGCCUGGCGGUGUGACUGCCCUAGCCUCGGCCACAACUCCCAGGAGCAGGGGACAUGGCUACAAGGCUGGGAGAUCGGGGUGCAGCAGAUGGCCAUGUGCCCCUGUCAAGAGGGUCCCCAGGAGAGUGUGCCCUGCAGAUGCCAACGUGCGGGACAAGAGCUAUGCAGGGCCCCUGCCCAUCUUCAACCGCAGCCAACACGCACAUGUCAUUGAAGAUCUGCACUGCAACCUGUGCGACGUAGAUGUGAGCGCUCGCUCCAAGCACUGCAGCGCCUGCAACAAGUGCGUGUGCGGUUUUGACCACCACUGCAAGUGGCUCAACAACUGCGUGGGCGAGAGGAACUACCGGCUCUUUCUACACAGUGUGGCAUCUGCCUUACUGGGUGUCCUGCUCCUCGUGCUGGUGGCCACUUAUGUCUUUGUGGAGUUCUUUGUCAACCCCAUGCGGCUGCGCACCAAUCACCACUUUGAAGUGCUGAAGAAUCACACGGAUGUGUGGUUUGUGUUCCUGCCCGCUGCCCCUGUGGAGACACAGGCUCCUGCCAUCCUGGCCCUGGCCGCCCUGCUCAUCCUUCUGGGCCUGCUUUCCACAGCCCUGCUGGGCCACCUGUUCUGCUUCCACAUUUAUCUCAUGUGGCACAAGCUCACCACCUAUGAGUACAUCGUGCAGCAUCGCCUACCACAGGAGGCAAAGGGGGCCCACAGGGAGCUCGAGUCCUGUCCCCCCAAGAUGCGGCCCAUUCAGGAGAUGGAGUUCUACAUGCGGACCUUCAGCCACGUGCGCCCAGAACCCCCUGGCCAGGCCAGGCCUGCCACAGUGAAUGCCAAUCUUUCCCAGUUCUUUGCCACCCGAGGCCAAGUGGAACCCCCACCGCCCUCCUCCCCAGAGACUCAGGCUCUGCCCCCCCGGAUCCGACCCCAGAAAAAGAGGAAGCGGCGUGUGUAUAAGGUGCCAACCUCUGGGACCUUGGACCCUGAAUCGCCGCUGCCCAGGCUGCCGGUGCCCCGGGCCCCAGGCCGCAGCUCCAGCUCGGCAUCCGACUCCGCGGGCGCCAGCCCAGUGCACGCCGCUGGGCCUGCAGGCACCUACCACUCGGCGUCAGCCGAGUCCAUGGACGAGAUUCCAGUGGCCCAGACGCGCCUGGGCAGCGCCUCCCUGGCGGCCCCAGGGGGCAGGGGCCGAGAGACCGGGCUGGCGCUGCAGGUGCGUGCGCCCGCGGUUUUCGUGAGCCCGAGCAGCGGCGAGCCCGGGGCGCGGGGCGGCCCGGAGGCUGGCCUGGCUUAGUCGGGUGGAGAGGCAGGAGGGCCAAGGAGGAGCGGCCAGCCGGAUUCUCUAUGCAACACCUCCACCCUCGCCGCACCGAGUGCACUUUAGGAGCCCCUGCGGUCGGCGGGAUGGGAUCCCUUCCCCCAAGACUCAGCAAUACCCGCCCCACCGGCCAUGAUGCUCCAAUAAACUUUUUUUUUUUUUUUUUUUUUUUAAUGCUUUUGCGGACUUAGUGCAUACUUUCUUAAUGGCAAGGGCCACAGGCCAUCCUGGAGCUGGACCAUUGUCAGUCGGCCUGGGGGU